AUGAACUACAAGAUGAAGAAAUUGUUUAAGCAAGAUAACUUUCACCAAAUUCCAGGUUCAUUUCAAUAUUGGGAACUCAGAUCAGCUGGCGAGCGGCAAUAUCUUACCGUGGAAGGUCAACCUUUUCUAUUAAAUAUAGAUGAUAUACGGCUUGUAAUGUAUAGGAAAAACUGCCUCAAUUACCCAAAUUGGUCUGUUCAAACAAUCACAAACAAUGAGCCUUACUUGGUGGCUUGCCUAGCAGCUCAAAGAGGGGUUGCUGCUCAACGGACACAAUUUGACCCUAUUCAAUGUAUGGGCCAAUUAGCUGUGCCUGUAUAUGAUCCGGCUGGUAGUGAUGCAGUUGUUGGUGUCAUCGAUUUCACCACAAUCGUUGAGAAAGAAAGUUAUGCUGCCGAGUUCAUUCAUAUUGAGUAUUUGCUAAAGAAGGCAGGCUUAGCAACUAAACCUAUGGAAAGGAUGAUAAAAGCUGUUUACAAGGGUGAUACCAUCAAGUUUCCACUCUCUUUCUCGUCCAGAAUCACAUGCUUAUGGGAGGAAGUCAAAAUGAGGUUCAAGACGCAUUCGAAUUGCUUUCGUAUUUGCUCACUGGAAAACACCGUAUGGGCUUGCCGUCUACUGUCUUGGGUUUGCUACGAUUUUGGCGUCUCCGUCGAGUUAAGCAGUUUUUCACCCGGUGACGUUGUUUUUGGUGCAUUGUGCUGGAUGUAUCUACUACUUAUUACUUUCUUAGCAGUGUUGUAUCCACAUGAAGGAAGGACAUGGAUUGGGUCAAUAAACCCGAAUUUCAGAGAAGCUGUUCUGUAUAUCUUAUACAUAUCUGCGAUAUAUUGGUCUAUAACCACUAUGACCACUGUCGGUUAUGGUGAUCUCCACGCAGAGAAUGCAGCCGAGAUGGUGUUUAUAAUCUUUUAUAUGCUUUUCAAUCUUGGCCUCACUGCCUACAUUAUUGGCAACAUGACGAAUUUAGUAGUGGAAGGCACUCGUCGUACCAUGGAAUUCAGAAAUAGCAUUGAAGCUGCAUCAAGUUUUGUGGGUCGGAAUCGGUUGCCUACUAGGCUUAGAGAACAGAUACUGGCAUACAUGUGCUUAAGGUUCAAGGCAGAGAGUUUGAAUCAACAACAGUUGAUUGAGCAGCUGCCGAAAACAAUAUGCAAAAGCAUAAGACAACAUUUGUUUUUGCCAACAGUUCAAAGAGUUUAUUUGUUUGAAGGGGUCUCCAGAGAAAUUCUGUUGCUUCUGGUAGCAGAUAUGAAAGCCGAAUUCAUACCACCAAGAGAAGAUGUAAUCAUUCAAAAUGAGGCACCUGAUGAUGUGUACAUAAUCGUGUCGGGAGAAGUAGAAAUCAUAGAAUGUGAAGCAAUGGAGAAAGAACAAGUAUUGGGUAUUCUACAUUCAGAUGAAAUGUUUGGAGAAGUCGGUGCACUGUGCUGCAGGCCACAGUCUUACAUUUAUCGAACCAAGACCCUGAGCCAGCUCUUGCGGUUCAAAACCAUUGCUCUAAUUGAAGCAAUGCAGACCAAACAGCCUGACAACGUGUCCAUCCUAAAGAACUUUCUUCAGCAUCACAAGAAGCUUAAAGAUCUCAACUUAGGAGACUUAUUGUUGGAUGGCGGUGAAGAAAGUGGAGAUGGAGAUCCAAACAUGUCAAUGAAUCUGCUUACGGUUGCUGGUACAGGCAAUGCUGCAUUUCUUGAUGAACUCUUGAAAGCAAGGCUUGACCCUGAUAUCAGCGACUCAAAAGGAAGAACCCCAUUGCACAUUGCAGCAUCAAAAGGGCAUGAAGAAUGUGUUUUGGUUCUUCUAAGACAUGCAUGCAACAUACAUCUUAGAGAUGUGGAUGGCAAUACAGCAUUAUGGGAUGCCAUAGCCUCAAACUAUCAUUCAAUAUUUCGUAUCCUUUUCCAUUGGGCUUCCAUUUCCGACCCGUUUACAGCUGGUGAGCUCUUGUGCACAGCAGCAAAGAGAAAUGACAUAUCAGUGAUGAAGGGCCUCUUGAAACACGGUCUGCCUGUAGACUCGAAAGACCACCAUGGAUCAACAACUAUCCAAAUAGCAGUAUCUGAAAACAACAUAGAAAUGGUAAAGCUUCUUGUGAUGAAUGGUGCUGAUGUGAAUGAUCACACUAUCAAGACCAAGAUCCCUGCAGAGAGUUUGAUAGAUUUAGUUGCAAAGAGAGAGGUCGGGCACCGUAUCAUGAUGCCAGAUCAAGAGCCAAUGAUGGAAAAAAUCGAUCAUGUGGAAAAGGAUACUUUAGGAAACUUGAACGGAAAAUUUGUUGGUCGAGUUAGUAUUUACAAAGGACUGCCUAUGGUAAGGAAGAAAAUUGGUUGCACAGAGGCAGGGAAACUUAUUAUGAUGCCAAGUUCACUAAUGGCACUAAAGAUCAUUGCAGGUGAAAAGUUUGGAUUCGAUGCAACAAAUGCAGUGGUUACAGAUGAAGAUGGAGCAGAGAUCGACUCCAUUGAAGUGAUUAGAGAUAAUGACAAACUUUUUAUAGGAGACAUCCGUUAAGGUUUAUCCAAUACAUCUGGAUAGAUAUGCCACAGUAUUUUCUAGGUACAAGUUAGAUACAUAUAGGUGAAUGUUUCUAAUCUGGUAUUCUAUAUCGGAGAAAUCCAUUGAUCGGGACAUAUUGUAACAACUGUGUUUGGACAUGUUUCGAAUGCUUGCAUAAAGAAGUAUGAAGUAAUGAAAGUAAAGUUAA